AUGCGUUUUGCUUACGUUGCCGUUGGUGCCGCUGGUAUUUUGACUUCUACCAUCGAUGCAGCAGUCUUACCUAGCUCCCAACCUAUGUCCAGAGCCGGUUCUUACCAAUCCAGAUCUCUUAACCCGUACACCAAUCAACAAUCACCUAGUAGCACUCCUUACACUCCUCAAGGCUCUACUGCUUCCCCAGCGGCGGCCACUGAGAAAGCCACUCAAUCCACCGAGACCCCUGAGGAUUCCGAUGACACCGAAAUGCCAUCAAAGAGUGAAGAAAUGCCAUCCAAGGAUUCGGACAUGACACCCAAGAAAACCAACGGUACCAACGUGCCUGCGGUCCACCAAAGCCAAUCUGCCACAGGCAACAACCAAGCGCCAGUUACUGGGUCACCCAAUGAUCAAUCAUCCAAGAUGACCAACUCGACUUCGAAUGGCCAGCUCCAGAACACCGCCACCGCUCCUGCUUCUCGCCAAAAUGUCGCAGAUGUAACUAUUCCUACUGGCGGAUUCAGUGACGGUCAGGUUGUAGGUUUCAAGGCCGGUCUUGGCAUUCAUAGCUCAGCAGCUGGUGGUCAAACUGUCGCUCCUUCCAACCUUCUCACCAACGAUCCGAACUUCAACAAAGGAGUUCAAAUGGGAUUUCAAGCUGCAGUAGUCCAACACACUUCUACCGCUCCAGGGAUCAACAAUAGCCAUUCACGUGAUUACGUUCAAGGUCAAUUAGCUGGUUUCCAAUCUGCUGUUCGACAAAGUCUUAACUCGCAAGUCGGAAUCGCAGGCCAACAACCACCUUCAUCGAUCUUGGGCGGAAACCAAGAAUUCAACGCUGGUGUUCAUGCCGGUUUCGAAACGGGGGCUACUCAAAGUGCCAGUGUACGAGCUGCUCAAGGUUCCCAACAUCAGGCUGCUGGCGCCUCAAUUGGUGCAAAUGCUGGUGUUCAAGCUGGUCAGGCUGCUGGUGCCUCGGUUGGUGCAAAUGCCGGUGUUCAAGCUGGUCAAGGUGUGGACUUCGAAGCUGGUCAACGCGCUGGAAUUGAGGCCGCAGCUGCUGGUGGUUUAAAAGCUAGUCAAGGCCCCUCCGCUCUCUUCGGACAAAACCAACAAUUCAAUGCUGGUGUUCAAGCUGGAUUCGAUGCUCACCUUCAAAAGAACGUACAAGUCGGAGCCAACCGAGGAGCAGGUGUCCAAGCCGGCGUCAACGCCGGACAAAGUGCUCAACUUGGUGCUGGAGCAUCUACCUCUGCCAACGCUUCAGGACGUCAAAACCUUGCAGCCGGCGUUUCUCAAUUAGCCGGUGGAUCAAUUGAACACAACUCUGAUUAUUCAGCUGGUCAACAAAUCGGUCUUCAAGCUGGUAUCAAAGCUGCUGCAUCAGGAAACGUUAAUGUUGAAAAAGGUGCAUCUGCUCUCUUUGGUGAAAACCAACAAUUCAAUGCUGGUGUAGAAGCAGGAUUCGAAGCAGGUGUUCGUCAACACUCUGCUACUGGUGCUCAAUCAUCUGGUAAAAUCGGUGCUGGAGUUGAAGCCGAUGUUGAUGCUUCUGCCCACGCCAACGGUCAUGCUCAAUAA